AUGGAAAAUGAAAUUGAUGAAGAUGAAUUAGCAGCAAUACUUGCUGAAGAUGAACAAGAAGAAGAAAGAAAAUAUGAAGAAUCAACAACAAAAUUAUCUUUCUUUGAACAAGCAGAAACAAUGACACCUGAACAAUUAGUUGAAUUAACAUGUUUACUUGUUGAUAAACCAACAACAGCUAAAAAAAGUCCUACAUACAAAUUUUCUAAUAUUGAUAUUGGAGAAUUAUCUGGAAGUAAAAUAUCAAAUUCGUUACAACAAAAAUCAAACAAACAACAAUCUUCUACAUUAACAACUGGAUCAAAAACACAAUCAAUAAUAACACCAUCAAUUUAUCUUGAUCCAACAACACAUAUUCGUAUAGAUACACUUAAUUAUACACCAAAUGAAAUUAAAACAAAAUUAAAUUCAAUAAAAUUUAUUCGUUUAUUUGAAAUUGAUAAACAACCAUCACCAAUGCCAACAGAAUGGUGUACAAUGGCUGUAUUAGUUCAUAAAUCUGAUGUUAAACAAGCAAGUAACAGCUCAACAUAUAGUAUAUGGCGUAUAACAGAUUUUAAAACAACAAUAAAUAUGUUUCUAUUUGGUGAGGCACAUCAAACAUUAUGGAAAACAACAUUAUCAAGUGUUUUACUUAUUUAUAAUGGUGAUACAAAAAAAUCAGGACAAUUAUCAAUAAAAUAUGAACGUAAUCUUUGUAUUCUUGGUUCAAAUCCUGAUUUAGGUCAAUGUAAAUCGAAAACAAAAUCUGGUGAACAAUGUAAAAUAUUAAUUAAUCGACAUGAAUGUGAAUAUUGUAUUACACAUGCUCAUCAAAUACAUAAAAAUAAUCAACGAAAUACAAAUAAAUUUAAUGUUAAUAAUAUGUCAAGAAUGAAUUUACAAAAUACAGGUUCAUUUGUACCAAAAAAAUUUGCUAAUCUUGCUAGUAAUUAUACUGAUGUUAGUUCAUCAUCAUGGUCAACAAAUUCAUCAAAAUCCACAUUAAAAAAAUCGAAUGAUUCAUUGAAAACAACUGGAAAUGAACUUACUAAUAAAGAAAAAUCCUUGCUUAUUAUGUUAGGUAUUGAAGAUGAUCCAUUAGUAUGUGUACGAACUCAAGAAACUAAAGGUUUAGCUGAUUCCAUGGCUGAUAUUCGUGAACUUUAUCAAGCUAAACAAGCAGCUAAUAAAGUUAAGAAAACGAUGCAAGAUGAAACAAAAAAUCGAGAUCAAGAUGAUACGACAAUUCCAAUUCGAUCGUAUCCAUUGGCUGCAUCGACAUCACCUCCACGAGAAUUAAAAAAUUCACCAAAAAGUUUAAUAACGAGUCAAACAAUUUCGACAUCUGUCAUUAACAAGAUAUCUUCACCUAAAGAAUUUGUUGAUUUAACAAAACCAGCUAGUUCUGAAGCAAUUAGUAAUGCUAAACAACGUGCAAUUGAUAUACUUAAACAACGUCUUGCUCAAAAACAGAUUACACCAGUUAAAGGUCAAUCAUUAAUAUCUGCUGAUGAAUCAUCUUCUUCUUCUUCUCCGAAACGAUCAAAUACUGAAUCUGAUUCAAUUAUUUCAUCAAAACGUCUUAAAGUAUCAAAUAGUAAUUCUGAUUCAGUUGAUCAAAAACGUUUUAUUGAUAUAAU